UGAGGAGAGAUGUCCCAUCCUCCCAGCCGCUGCCACUCCACCUCCCACCUCGGGAUCUGCUCCUGAUCCAAAUCCUCCCUGACCAAUUCCCUUGUUUUCCCCCGCCGCCCAACCACAGCAAGCCACCGGCCUCCAUCGAUCCACCCAUCCAUCCAUCCAUGCCCGCAGCAGCACUCCCGCCGCCCGUGCUCCUCCCCCAGCAGCGCACCCCGACGCCUCCUCGUCCCCGCACAGCCCACGAGGGACCAGCCUCCUCUGCUUCGCGCCUCCCGAGCAGCGACCAGGAGCCCGAGCUCCAUCUUCUACGCCCGCGUCUGAGCGAGAGGAGCUUGCUGCUCGAGCAUGCUCCAAGACCCAUGGCGCUCUCCCGAGCUCCUCACCGUGCAUGCCUCCACUCGUCCUCGUCGCCCUCCGUCUUCAUCGCAGUACCACAGGACCAGCAGCUCCACCAUGCGUGCCCGCCGCCGGCAAGAGUCCCGGCCACCAACGCCAUGGAUGGAGUCUGUACAGGCUCUCGCCGCUCGGACCCGCUUCUUCUGGCCGCCGGAGCCUCUAACCAGCCUUGCCGUGUGGACCUCCUUCCCCACCGGGCAGAUCCGGCCUCUCCUGCCCGUUGACCGCGCCGCCGGAGCCCUGCGUCGCCCAAGUCCGCCGCUGCAUCCUCUGCUUCCCCUGCUCCAGAUCAAGCGCCUCGCUCGCGUUGACCGACCCUGCCUCGCUGACCCGCCAGCCGCAACAACCGCGUCCUGGCCUCAAGCCAGGAGCAGCCCAGGGACCGGCCUCCUCCAACCUUUGCAUCGAACGGGCCCAGGCCCACUGGGUGAGGCCACACCCAGCGACCCUCCUUUGUUUUUCCUCCUAUUAGCCCAACCUGCAGUUUCGGCCCAGUUCUUGUUUUUUUCAGUCCUGCGAAUUUAGCUAUUUAUGCAGAGUUUACUGUUUUACAGAAAAACCCUUGUUGUUCAUGCAUUAAUAACUAAAUAACCAUGCACCAUAUGUUAAAACUUCAAAUAUGGAAAGUGCUUAGAAUUUCAUCUAGUUUCAUAUUAUCCCACUUUCAUCCAUGUUUAACAUGUUUAAACUGCUGUUUGAUUAAAGUUGCAUAAAUGCCAUGCUAAAAUGCUUUAUUUCAUAACUAAAUAACCGUAGCUCCAUUUUAAAUAAACUUUAUAUGUAAAUGGGGUAUAAAAAUGCCUAGUUUAACAUGGUGGCAUUACUUUUGUUGUUUAACAACAUUAAAAUUGUGUUUAGGGCAGAACAGUAGCAAAUUCAAAAUAUGCAUAUGAGGAUUUUCCGGAAUUGUUGUUUGUUGUU